UCGGCCUUGGGGACUGAAGGACACAGAAGACAAAUUGAACUAACAAGAUGUAUAAGCUGUCUUUAGUAUUGGCCGCAGUGCUGCUGUGUUUCGUCUUCGCCACAGCGCAGGUUGUGCCAAAUUCAGAGAUCGGUCGUGUUGCUGUAGAAGUACCAUUGCUGUCCAACGAAAAGCCCCUGACGGCUGACGAUCAUGUGGAGAUGGCCCGCGUAAUUGAGAUCACGCCGGGAAAAGUGGUUGAGGAGGUUGUGGUGCCACCCACUGUGGAAGUUCCCUUGGUGAAGGAAUCAGUACUUGUGCGAAAUAUACGCGCUAUUGUGGAGGACCCAAAAUCUGGAGUUUCGGAUCCUGUAGAUAUUCCUCGAGUUAUUGAAAACAAAAAGGACAAGAUUGUGGAGACAGUUGCUCAAAUGCCUUCGACAAAGGAUGCUUGGUUAUCUCGGGACAGACGUGCCGUUGAUGAGGAUGUAUCUCUUAUCUCGAAAAAUGUGGAUAAUUCCCGAGUAGCUGAAAACAAACAGGACAAGAUCGUGGAGACAGUUGCUCAAGUGCCUUCGACAAAGGACGCUUGGUUGUCUCGGGACAGACGUGCUAUUAUGGAGACAACGAAUAAAGGAAUACCGAACCACGGCAUUCCCAAUCCUGGUAUUCCCAACCGAGGUCUUCCAAGUCCUGGUAUCCCGAACGAAGGCAUUCCAAACGCAGGGAUUCCAAACCAUGGCAUUUCCAAUUAUGGUAUUUCUAAUCCUGGAAUUCCUCAUAAUACGGGGAGCAGAGCCGCCUCCGAAGUCAUGCCCGUUGCUGUCCUUCCACCCACCACCAUCCCAACCCCAACUAUAGUUCCCAAGCGUGGACCCUCAAAGACCUGCCAUCAGCUCUUGCUAGCAUAUAUGACCACAACGCCAUUACCCAUAAUGAUGGAGUCUAAGCCCUCAGAGAACUGUGAUAUUCUCUGCACCAAGCAUGACUUCGUGCCCAUUUGCGCGCAUAACGGCAUCUGCACGCAUGAGUUCGCCAACCAGUGCGUCUUGGACACCUAUAACUGCAAGAAUCGUGAUUUGGCGUUCCGCGUCGUCGAUGAGGAUGUCUGCCGCCUAGGCUUAUGUGCGCGACGCUGUAACGAUGAUGAUCUUAAGGUUUAA